CAAAAAUAUCCCGAAAAUCACCACUUUUCAGCUACAGGCGAACACCCUCUUUCGCGGGCACAAGGAAUGGCGCUUCUCGGGAUCGAUUUCGCCUGCGCCCUCGAGUCCCUGCGCGACGGCGGAGUCCCGGACCGGGACUGCGUCCUGUCGCUGCUGUCGAAGCUCGUCGGGUACUGCCUCAUCGCCGCUUCGACCACCGUCAAGCUCCCUCAGAUAUUGAAGAUUUUGAAGAAUAGGAGUGCCAGAGGGCUCAGUAUAUUAUCCUUCGAGCUCGACGUGGUCGGCUACACAAUCGCUUUGGCGUAUUGCCUCCACAAAGGGCUUCACUUCUCUGCUUAUGGCGAGCUGGUGUUUCUUCUGAUCCAAUCUAUAAUUUUGGUUGCUGUAAUAUAUUAUUACUCACAACCUCUGGGAGCCAAGACAUGGACCAAGACGCUCCUGUACUUUGCGGUGGCACCAACGAUUUUAUCUGGUAAAGUUGAUCCUGUUCUUUUUGAAGCUUUAUAUGCAUGCCAGCAUGCAAUAUUCUUCUGUGCCAGAGUUCCACAAAUAUGGAAAAAUUUCACUACCAAGAGUACGGGGCAACUUAGCUUCUUGACAGCUUCCAUGAAUUUUGGAGGUUCCGUUGCAAGAGUGUUCACCGGCAUACAAGAAAAAGCCCCAAUGAGCGUUGUUUUGGGCACAAUGCGAACUGUGGUGACGAACGGCACCAUCCUGAGCCAGAUAAUCAUAUACCGCAAGCCGCGUGAAGAGAGAGAGAAGAAAGUCGAGUAGCGACCGUGCUUCAGCGCCCUGCAGUUCGAGCAUGGCCUUCUUGUGUUUGUUCCAGUUUGAUCAAUAGUGCGGAGAGAUGAAUCGUCAUCCCUGGAAGUGUAUCUUAGAUAUUAAGCCUUUUUUCUUGGACGGAAGGACGAAUAGGCUUGGUCGGUGGGCUUGAUGAGUAAGGAGAAGUAUUCGACGUGCACCGAAAGUGGUAUACCUUUCCACUCUUUAGUCUGUAGAAUUCAGCUUCUUAUAGCUUUCAACGAAGUAAUGCUGAUUGAAAGUAGCACGUAGAUCUUAUUGUAUCGUAAUCGUGGCCAAACCACUAGAGUACUUGUAUGUCCACUGUGAAACCAUUCUGCCCAAGUAGUUGAACAUCGGUUGAGUGAA